CCAAAGUCCAAAACAAGAGCUAGGGCUUGGGAAGCCAAAAACUCUGUGGGCCUAAAGCUUCGUUGGCUUUGACAUUUCUAGCAGCUCAACAAUAAUUUAACGCCGACUCCUCCUUCACAAGGUCAUCAGUUAAACACACACACCUCUCUCUCUCUCUCUCUCUCUCUCUCUCUCUCACAAAGUCAUCAGUUAAACACAACAAUAAUUUAACGCCAACUCCUCCUUCACAAGGUCAUCAGUUAAACACACCUCUCUCUCUCUCUCUCUCUCUCUCUCUCUCUCUCUCUCUCACAAAGUCAUCAGUUAAACACACACCCCUCUCUCUCUCUCUAAAACUCUUCUCUGUGUUUCUUCAUCAAUGGAGGAAGCUCAAACUCAAACCCUAACACAAACCCAGCUACCCAAAUCCACAUUCAAGAGGAAACACAGAAAAAACCAGCUAAAACCCCGCAUGGGAAAUGGGGUGCAGGAAUCUCUAUCCAGCAAAAACUUCCUGCAGAGAGCUGCGGAGUCGACUCACGGAAGAAGCAGAAAACAGAACAUGAAGAGUGAUAUGGUCAACGAUGUAAAGACUGCAAGUCGCGAGGAGGAGGACGGUGAGAAGGAGGAGGUGGAGAGGAAGAUUGAGGCAUUGCAGAGGAUUGUUCCCGGCGGUGAGUCGCGCGGGGUGGACGAGCUUUUUGAAGAGACUGCUGGGUACAUAAUGGCGUUGCAGGGUCAGCUCAAAGCCAUGAAAGAACUUGCCAGCUUUGUUGAAGGUUUGGAGAAGGAGAAGAGGAAGUUUGGUGGUUGAUUUGAUUAAUUAGUUUUUAAUUAAUUAAAUUAUGGGAUCUCUUGCUGAUUGGGAGUUUGGAAGGUUAUUAAUCUGGUUCCAUGACAGACCAAUGAAAUCCUUUUUUUCUCCUUAAAAUUUUCGGUUUUAUUUGCUGGGUUACUUGGGUAGCUUCUUUUUUUUUUCUACUUUUUCUUUUUUACCUUUUCUUUCUUCUUUAUAAUGUUAAUUUUUUGAUAUUUUUGUAAUGGAUAGGAAAAGAUCAAGGUUCUCUAGUACUAAAGAAAUGAUAUAUAAUGCCCUUUUCAACAUGAA